AUGUCUAAAAACAGAGACUGUGCAAGGUCAACUUCUUUCGUGGCUAAUAUUUUCGUUUCUUAUCUUUUAACGCCAUUUCUCUCUCGAUAUUUCUCUAUCUCUCUCUCUCUCUCUCUCUCUCUCUCUCUCAAUUACCGCCGUUCGUCUGUUAUACUGUUCUCAUUUUUUCUUUCUUUCGUCAUUUCUCUUUUUAUUUUCUUUAUUUUUCUAUAUUUUCUUUUCAUUGUUUUUCAAUCAUGUCUUUAUAUCUCUCUUUUUCUUUCCAGUCUUUUUCUUCAUUUCUUUUAUGAUUUUACAUUCUUUUCAGCAUUUAACAUUUCCUUCUUUCAUAAUCAUUGGUUUCUUUUCAUUCAAGUUUCCUUUUUAUUAUGCAUUACUCUUUUCAUUCUUGCUUUAUUAUCCUUCUGUUUCACAAUAUUUCUUUCUUUUAUUUUCAUCCUUUCUUCUUUUUUUUUCUUUCAUUAUCUCUCUUUUUUUCAUAUUAUUACUGUUUUGGUACAUGUCAGUUGCUCCAUCCUCUCUUGCCAUCUCCAUUAUUCCCAGAUUCACCACCAUCUUCCUUUCGCUUCUGUCUUCCGUGCAACUUUCAAGAACUUUGUUUCUCUUUUUUUCUUUCUCUCGUUCAUUCAUUCAGGAAUAUUUUUCGUUUUUCUUACAUUUAUAUUUAUUCAUCAAUUGCUUUCUUUCUUUCUUUCUUUCUUUCUUUGUCGGCUUUCAUCUUGUGUUUUAUAUUUUAUAAAAGUUUCUUUCAUUUUCUUCUUUCUUUUGUUAUUUUUUCUUUUCAUAUAUCUUCCACAACCCCCUCUCUUUGCUUUCUUGAAUAUUCCUUUUUUAAAUAAUUCGUUUUAUUUUUCAUUUCCUUUUUAUCUCUCCCUUUCUUCCUCCCACACCUUUUACAAUUUUUUUUCUUUCUUUUCAUUUUCUAUUGUCCUUCCGACUUUUUUCUGUUAA